GUGAAGUCAUUGCUGUAGAAAGUUUUUUCUGUAAAUAUUGUAUUGCAGAUGAAAAAUAGAGUGCUGCUGUAAACAGUUUUGUUAAUUCUGUAACAAUGUCUAAUAUAGCAGCUGCUCGAAUACAGCGAGAAUUUAAGGAAGUUGUAAAAUGUGACGAGGCAGCAAAAUGUGCCAUAAAGGUUGAAAUGGUAGAUAGUGAUUGUAUGGAAUUACGCGGAGAGAUAGCUGGCCCUCCUGAUACCCCCUAUGAAGGUGGCAAUUUUAUACUGGAAAUAAAAAUACCAGAAACGUAUCCAUUUAAUCCUCCAAAGGUACGUUUUGUAACAAAAAUAUGGCAUCCUAAUAUAAGUUCUAAAACUGGUGCUAUUUGUUUGGAUAUAUUAAAAGAUCAGUGGGCAGCAGCUAUGACAUUGCGUACAGUUCUACUAUCAUUACAAGCAUUAUUAGCAGCUGCAGAACCAGAUGAUCCACAGGAUGCAGUCGUCGCAAAACAGUACAAAGAAGAUCCACAAGCAUUUGAAGACACAGCUAGACAUUGGGCACAGGUAUAUGCACAAGCACCAUGUAAUAAUCCUGGAUGUUCUGCCAAAGUUAAUCAACUUGUAGAUAUGGGAUUUACUGAGACUGCAUCCAGAGAAGCGUUAUCCAUGCAUAGUUGGGAUGUUGAAAAAGCUGUAGAGUAUCUUAUGAGCUGAAGUACAUUUUGUAUAAAGUUCACUGUAAAUACUGACUGUACCAAUCAACACAGUAUAGUUAAAAACAAUUGUACAGCCUAGUUGUGCUUUGAAAUAUGGACCGUGGUUAUUGAUCCACAUUUUGUAAUGAACUUAGAUAUUAGAUUAGUUUCAGUUAUAUAUGAUAUGAUGCCCACCUGAAUAGGUGUGUUCUUGCAGGUAAGAUAAUGUGCAAUGCUGGCGUGUACACUCUAUGUAACUUAUUAAACGUAGCAACAGGGGAAUACAUAAAUAAUUUUUGAGAUAGUCACUGGUGUAAGUUUCAAACGAUGCAACUAUAUCAUUGUAUAUAUUUCUUUGCAGUGGGGAUGUAUGUAGGUGAAUAUGACAUACACAUGUACUUGUGUCUUAUUUGUUAGUCCCUGUUCAGACACAGCAUAAAAACAGCACUGCUGCUGUCUUCUCAUAUUAAUCAAACUUUGCAUGUAAUAUUUUAAUUUGUUAUAUUUCAUUAUUUAGUAAAUCAGUUCAUUCAUGGCCUAUAGACAAA